AUGGCAACAUCCUCCACCAACCCACCCCUUGGCCCACGCUACGGCCUCGGCCGCACGACCGGCAACGCACCGCCCACGCAGCCGCCCUUCACCACGCCCGCCUUCCCCUCCACCAAGAACGCGCAACGCCUCGAAUCCGAGCGCCUCGAGCGCGAGCGCAAAGCACGCGAAGAGCGAGAGCGCAUGGAAGCCGCGGGGCAGAACUCACUCGCCGAGCUGUCGGAAGAGCAGCGCGAAGAGAUAUCCGAGGCGUUUAACCUGUUCGAUCUGGACAAGGAUGGGUACAUCGAUUACCAUGAGUUGAAGGUCGCGAUGAAGGCGCUGGGGUUUGAUCUGCCGAAGGCGGAGAUACUGGGCAUACUGCAGACGCAUGGGGUGCAAGCGGGCGCGCAGCAGGGCGGCAAGGCGAAGCAGCCAGUGGGCCAGUAUCAGACGCCGCCCCGGCUUUUGCUGUCGUUUCAGUCUUUCCAGACACUCAUGGCACAACGGAUACUCGCGCGGGACCCACAGGAAGAAAUCAUCCGAGCAUUCGAGCUCUUCGACGAAGGAGGGAAGGGCAAAAUCACGCUGCAGGACCUGACAAGGGUAGCGAGGGAGUUGGGCGAGGGGUUGCAGCAUGAUGAGCUGGUGGCCAUGAUUGAAGAGUUUGACAUGGACGGGGACAAUGCGAUUAGCAGGGAGGAGUUUAUUAACAUUUGUCUGGGGUGA